UGCGCGGGGGCGGGCGCAGCCGGGCUUUAAAACCCCCGGCAGCGCCGGGCUCAGCUUCCCGCCACCCCACAGCGUCCCCAUGGCCCCCGCGGUGACGCUGGCGCUGCCGGUGGCCCUGCUGGCCCUGGGGCUCGGGGUGGCGGCCGCCACCCCCGGCUGUGACGCCCCAGCCCCGCUAUGGUGCAGCUCGCCGGAGAUCGCCGCUGCUUGCCAGGCCGAGCGCCGCUGCGCCAACCGCUCGCAGCCAGCGGCAGCCCCCGUGGAGCUGAGCCUGUUCUACGAGAGCCUGUGCCCGGCGUGCCGCGCGUUCCUGGUGCAGGAGCUCUUCACCGCGUGGCUGGUGCUGCCCGACGACGUCCUCAGCGUCACCCUGGUCCCCUAUGGCAACGCGCAGGAGAGGAACGUCAGCGGGAAGUGGCGCUUCCAGUGCCAGCACGGCCCCGAGGAGUGUUUGGGCAACAUGAUCGAGACCUGCCUGAUGCACGAGGCCAAGGACUUCAGCACCUACUUCCCCGUCAUCUUCUGCCUGGAGUCGGGCAGCUCUGUCACCAAGAACCUGGAGGCCUGCCUGCAGGUCUACGCCCCGCAGCUGGACAGCGGCCGCAUCGCCGCCUGCGUGCAGGGGGACGUGGGGGCCGCCCUGAUGCACCGCAACGCACAACUGACCGAGGCGCUCGACCCCCCGCACCAAUACGUGCCCUGGAUCCUCGUCAACGGGAAACACACGGACGAGCUGCAGGAGCAGGCACAGGCUUCGCUGCUGGGGCUGAUCUGCCGCCUCUACCAGGGGGAGAAGCCCGAGGCCUGUGGGGGCUCAGGGGCCCCGAAGGUCCCGGCCCGCUGCAGGCGCUGAGCGGCGGCGUGGGAACACGGAGCGAGCGGCGAAUAAAAACGACGAUUUUGUGGAAAAA